CUUUUAAGUUUCUACUUUCAACAUGGCGCCUCGAUCUUUGAACUUUGUUUUGACUCUUGGAGCGGCAGCCGUAGGGGUCGUUUCUGGGAUGUACAUAUUCGAACCAUUGAUCAAAGACGCAGCAAGCCAAUCGCACACGAAAGCCAAGAGCUUCCCUGAUCCUGUGACCGUUCAAGUAGACGCUAUAUCAGAUCAUAAGUCCGCAACCCCGAGCAGCAAUAGCGAGAAACAGGGAGAUAGCAAAUCUAAAUGAUGUGCAGUGGAAGGGCCUGUGCACAUGCUUAAAUGUCUCGAACUUCGCUACUAUCCAAGACCCUGUUCUAUCAAUAGGCCAGGCUCCAAGGACAAUCCCUAGUCCAUUCAAAUGUUGCAACAAGAUGCGGAUGACACGACAUGUAUUAUGUAGGACACUGGUCAAUUAUUCCGUUGGCAUGAUGUUCAUUAGGUAUAAACCGUCGACGGCGUGU